ACUGUAUUAUAAUGUAGAAGGACUGAAGUGUAAGUUGCAAUGUAUCGACCGCCUGUUCCCGAUCCGAUCGCAUCGUCUCUCUGCUUUGCUUCUUCGUCGUGCAGGCCCAAUCGAUUUCUUUACUGUUGAAAUAAGCUUUUGGCUUUCGAUCAAGGUAUGACCUCGUUUUCUCAGGACGGCGGCAACGAGGCCGCAACCGAUCAGGUUUUGGUAGAAGGCAGCAGGUUUACAAGGAUAUUAAUACUUAAUAGGCCUCGACAACUUAAUGCUUUGUCUUCCCAAAUGAUUAUGAAGCUCUUGAAUGUUUUUGUUGCUUAUGAAAAAGAUCCCGACGUCAAGUUGUUGAUAGUGAAGGGAAAUGGGAGAGCAUUUUGUGCUGGAGGAGAUGUUGCAGCAGUUGUCCAAUCUGUAACUGAAGGCGAUUGGACCAUGGGCGCAGAAUAUUUUCGCAAUGAAUAUACUUUGAAUUACAUAAUUGCAACUUACAGUAAACCUCAGGUUUCCAUUCUUGAUGGAAUUGUCAUGGGAGGCGGUGCUGGUGUUUCUGUACAUGGUAGAUUUAGAAUCGCCACUGAGAAAACAGUCUUUGCAAUGCCAGAAACAUCACUAGGUUUAUUUCCAGAUGUAGGCGCUUCAUAUUUUUUGUCAAGGCUUCCUGGAUACUUUGGAGAAUAUGUUGGCCUAACUGGUACGAGGUUAGAUGGGACUGAGAUGCUUGCGAGUGGCUUAGCCACUCACUUUGUCUCCUCUACAAACUUGAAAAAGUUGGAAGAGUCACUUUCUAAGGUGGAAACAUCUGAUCCUUUUGCGAUCUGUGCAUGUAUCGAUCAGUUCUCAAAAGCAGUGUCGCUGAAAGCGACUAGUUCUUAUAACAGAAUGGAUGUAAUCGAUAAGUGUUUCUCCAAAGAAACAGUCGAAGCAAUUAUUGUUUCCCUCGAAAAGGAGGCCGAGAGCGUGCACGAUGAAUGGAUUAUGUCUACUAUUCUGUCAAUGAAAAAGGCAUCUCCUAUUAGCCUGAAAAUUACUCUCAGAUCGAUCCGAGAAGCAAGACGGCAAGGAGUUGAUAAAUGCCUGAUUAACGAUUACAGAUUGUGCUGCCAUAUUUUGCGACAAGAAGCCAGCAAGGAUUUCUUCGAGGGUUGUAGGGCUAUUUUGGUGGACAAAGAUAAGAACCCAAAGUGGGAACCAUCGCGGCUGGAUCAAGUGGACGAUAAAGUAGUUGACCGAUAUUUUGUCGAGGUCGGAGAUGCAAAUUGGGAGGACCUAAAACUUCCGGCAAGACACAGCUUAGCAGCCAAGUAUGUGUCAAGGAUGUAAAGAUCCAAGGAGUUCCGCUGUUGUCAAUCUCCAAAAAGGAGCUCCGGCAAGAUGCAAUUGGAAUGCUUGCUUUGAGUAAUAUUGGAUGAAAAGAGCAGCAAAAGCAAUCUAGUUUGGUUGAUAAACUCGAUAAAUUUAUGCUGAUGGCGAUUACUCUCGAAUGUGACGGGUGAUAAGAAGUGAAGCACUUGGAUUGAAGAAGUGAAACACUUGUUAGAGGAGAGUGAAAACACUUUGUUCGCAAAAUCUUCACAAGCUUUGUUUAUGAAUGUCAUAGAACUGAAUUUACUAUUAAGCUUGUUUAUAUAUACAAGUACUCCUUGAGGUUCA